AUGCGUGUUAUAAAUAUGCUCCGACAGUGCUCUAACAAAGUUUCUCGUUCUUUCAACUUCUCUUCUCAUGUUUUAAUGUUCAGACCUAUUAACAAGAGAAAACCUUCCAUUCGCAAAUACACUACAGUUCCUUCGCGCUUAAUUUCUUUUGACUUACGAGAACUUUUCGAACAACCAAGAAACCUAGACUACGCGUCCAAAUAUCAGCUAAUAACUGCACUCGACGCGGCAAAGACAGACACUAUUCCAAAAUGCUCCUUAAUGCUCGUUCGAGACUUUAUAGAUAACUCGUUGUAUAACCCGUACUAUGGAUAUUUUUCUAAACAGGCGGUGAUAUUCUCGCCGGAGAACUUUAACUUUAUUAAUAUUAAAGAUAAUUUACAGUUUAUGAGAAUGUUGAGUAAAACUUAUGCAGUAAUUGAAAACGAAAUGAACGAGACUGACAAAGUUGCUAGACAGGUUUGGCAUACGUCUACGGAAUUGUUCAAGCCAUGGUAUGGGUAUGCGGUAGCCAAACAUAUUGUCGAAAAAUACAAAGCAACCGAACAAAACCCACAUCACGAACUGAUAAUAUACGAAAUGGGAGCCGGUAAUGGGACAUUAAUGUUAAAUAUUCUUGAUUAUAUAAAACAAUACGAGCAUUCAAUAUAUCAGCAGACGCGAUAUAGGAGUAUUUUUGAAUGGAACGAAAUUGAACCGAAUCCCUGUUUCUUUAUAGCAUUUGAAGUUUUGGAUAAUUUUGCACACGAUGCAAUUUGUUACGAUACCGAGACCGAAGAACCACUUCAAGGAAUAGUGAUCACUGAUGAAAAAGGAGAAUACGAAGACGUCUAUGAGCCAGUAACAGACCCUCUUAUUCUUCGUUACUUGUCUACCCGUGACAAAACAUCCUACAAAACGCCAGUCUUACACAAAUGGCGUGCCCUUAGAAAACUACGUCAUCGAAUGCCAUUUGCACCCUCGUUAACGAAGCCUGAAUUUCUACCCACCAAAGCUCUUUUAUUCCUAGAAAUUAUUAAUGAGUAUUUUCCGCGACAUCGAUUACUGAUCUCAGAUUUUUUCAAGUUGCCUGAAACUAUACCUGGAGUUGAUGCGCCUGUGGUUCAGACACGGUUUGAGCGUACCAUGGUUCCUUGUUCAACGUAUAUGGUGCAGCCUGGGUAUUUUGAUAUUUUCUUUCCCACAAAUUUUGAAUUAUUAAAGAACAUUUAUCAAGUACUACGUGCUGGCGGAAAAAGUGAUGGUAAUAUUCAGUCACAAGAAAUACAGGUAUCUACUCAAAAAGAUUUCUUAAAGAAAUAUGCUGACCUUGAAAAAACGCGAACACGAAGUGGUGAAAAUCCAAUGUUAUUGUAUUAUGAAAAUAUAAAGUUUUUAUUCACUUGA